AUCCACCUGACCAUCUAUGACACGGCCGGCCAACCAGAGCUCAUUGACGUCCGCCGCUCCGUGUAUCCGGCCACUGACGUCAUCCUGCUGUGUUUCGACAUCUCCUCUCCGGACUCGUUCAACAACAUCUCUGACCACUGGAGGCCUGAGCUCCAGCAGAUCCGGAAGUACACCCACUGCCCGCUCAUCCUGGUGGGAAACAAACACGACCUGAGAGGCCAGCCGAUGACGUCAGACGGGGCCAUCAGAGCUGCUUCCGGUGUGUCCCAUGGCGCGGCGGGGAGUGAGGGGGAGAGUGAGGGGGAGAGUCUGAUCACCUACGAAGAGGGGAAAUCUCUGGCUCACUCACUGGGCGCCUACGCCUACCUAGAGUGCUCCUCCAAGACCGGGGCGCACGUGCGGGAAGUGUUCCGAGCCGCGACUCUAGUCGCCAUGCAGCACAAGCGAUUCAAGAAGUCCAGGAUGCCCGGAUGUUUGCCCAGUUGUGUGUCGUCAGCUCACUAGAUCCUCCACGGCAGGGGACAGCGUCGGAUCGUUGUUCUCGCCGCACCAGAAGUGACCCCAUUCUGACCCCAUUCUGACCCCAUUCUGACGGGGAAGCUGUGGGUUUGUUCUGGUUCAGGUUUGGAUAUUGAUCAGUUGUAGAAUUGUUCUCUUUUACGACUGCAUCGGCACGGCUUUCAACAAAACGUCGGUGAGUUCAUUGGAUCCUUCCCGUCAGAGUCCCACAAGAGACAGAGAUCAUAACGCUUAGAUUAUGUACAGAGAUGAACAUUACAAUCUCAUGAUGCCCAGAGGACCUGAUAGCAUUCUGGAACAAAUAUCAACUUCCUGAGAUGCAUUCAGAGCAAGAUGCUUGUAAAAAGUGUCUUUCCCAAGGACACAACGUCGGGCCUGAGGCUCGAACCCCAGACCCCGUAACCUCACGAUUAU